AUGGACAUAGCUGUAACUAGGAAACCGCAUUUAGGCUUGUGUACUGGCAUCAAGCUGUGUACGUUCAUCAUGAUUCCAGCUUUGCACUUCACAACUCCGCAUUUCAUAGCCACAGACACAAUGGCCAGCCAACCACAAGUUAGCUCGAAGAAGCAGCAAGAGCUCCAGGCUCAAUACACAAACUACAAGAACACACUCCAACAGCUGGCCCAGAAGAUUGGAGAAAUUGAACAGGAGGCUGAGGAGCACAAACUUGUAAUCGAUACCCUCGAGCCCCUGCCCCGGGAACGGACAUGCUUUCGAAUGGUCAAUGGAGUUUUGGUUGAACGGACGGUUGACGAUGUUCUACCCUCAUUGAAGACAAAUGCGGAUGGGUUGAGGCAAGUUCUGGAGGAGAUGUUGAAACAGUACAAAUCAAAACAGACGGAGAUGGAUAAUUGGAAGAAAAAGAACAACAUCCAAGUCGUGCAGCCAUAA